AGGGGGUGGGGGGGGAAAGCCGAGCAUGGCGGCUCAUAAGCCGGUGGAAUGGGUUCAAGCCGUCAUAACACGUUUCGAUGAGCAGCUUCCAAUUAAAGGUGGGCAGCAGAGUACACACUCCAAAGUUAGCACUGAACACAACAAGGAAUGUCUCAUCAAUAUUUCCAAAUACAAGUUUUCCUUGGUCAUCAGUGGUCUCACUGCUAUCUUGAAAAAUGUAAAUAAUAUGCGAAUAUUUGGAGCAGAAGCUGAGAGGAACCUGUACCUUUCUCAACUAAUCAUAUUGGAUACAUUGGAGAAGUGUCUUGCUGGACAACCUAAGGAUACGAUGCGGCUUGAUGAGACAAUGCUUGUAAAACAGCUACUCCCGGAAAUUUGUCAAUUCAUCCACAUGUCCCGUGAAGGAAACCAGCUUGUAGCACAGCUCCGCAAUUCUGCUUCUGGAGUUCUCUUCUCCUUGAGCUGCAAUAAUUUCAAUGCUGUCUUCAGUCGAGUCUCCACUAGGUUGCAAGAAUUGGCUAUGUGUUCAGAAGACAGUACAGAUGUCAACGACAUUGAGUUGAUACAGCACAUCAAUGUGGAUUGUGCAAGACUCAAGCGAUUGUUGCAAGAGACGGUAUUUAAAUUCAAAUCACUGAAAAAGGCAGCUCAAUUAGCAGUCAUAAGCAGUCUUGAAAAGGCAUUUUGGAAUUGGGUGGAAAAUUAUCCAGAUGAGUUUACUGUGCUGUAUCAGAGACCCCAGCCUGAUUUGGCAGAUUGUUCGGAGAAGCUUUUUGACCUUGUGGAUAGCUUUGCUGAAAAUGCCAAACGGAAAGCAGCAGUCUGGCCGUUGCAGAUUAUCCUCCUUAUCCUCUCUCCUGAUAUUCUGCAGGAUAUCUCUAAGGAAAUAGUUGAAGAAAGCAAGAUGAACAAGAAGUUGUUCUUGGAUAACUUGAAGAAGGCACUGGCUGGUCAUGGUGGUAGUCGGCAGCUAACGGAAAGUGCUGCUAUAGCCUGUGUUAAACUUUGCAAGGCCUCUACAUACAUCAGCUGGGAGGACAACUCUGUCAUCUGCUUUCAGGUUCAGUCCAUGGUUGUAGAUCUAAAGGCCCUGUUGUUUAAUCCUAGCAAGCCUUUCUCCAGAGGUGCUGGCAGCCAGAGUGCAGAUGUAGAUCUCAUGAUAGACUGUUUUGUUUCCUGUUUUCGCAUCAACCCUCACAAUAAUAAUCACUUCAAGAUCUGUUUGGCUUCCUCCUCCCCUCCAACCUUUCAUUAUGUGUUGGUUAAUUCACUGCACAGAAUUAUUACAAAUUCUGCAGUGGAUUGGUGGCCUAAGAUCGAUGCUGUGUACUGUUACUCAGGAGAACUUAGAGGCAUGUUAGCGGAAACUUUGAAUCGGGUGAUGCAGAGCUGCAGCACACACGCUCCCUUGCGUAUGACGUCGAUGCCAACCAGUCACUGUUUUGCAUGGCAGUGGGCUUCUGUUGCUAGCCUUACAUUCAAGGAAAAAAUGACCAGCCUUAAAUUUAAAGAAAAACCAACAGACUCAGAAACCCGAAGUUAUAAAUUUUUAUUGUUGGCCAUUGUGAAAUUAAUUCAUGGAGACCCAAAGCUUAUGUUACAUAAUCCAGGGAAACUUGGACAUGAAAUUCAGAGCAGCACUGCUGAGUUAAUAACUGGUUUGGUUCAACUGGUUCCACAGAUGAGUAUGCCUGAGAUAGCACAGGAAGCCAUGGAGGCCUUGUUGGUUCUUCAUCAACCAGAAAACAUAGAGUUAUGGAAUCCAGACGCGCCAAUAGAAACCUUCUGGGAUAUAAGCUCUCAGGUUCUAUUUUUCAUCUGUAAGAAAUUGAUCGCUCAUCAGAUGCUGAACAGCACAGAGAUUCUUAAGUGGUUGCGGGAGAUUCUAAUCUGUCGGAAUAAGUUUCUGCUGAAGAAUAAGGAGAACGCCACACUUGGCAGUGGAAUUCCCAUCUGUCGUCAAGCACAGACAAAGCUUGAAGUGGCUCUGUAUAUGUUCCUGUGGAGUCCAGAUAUUGAAGCUGUCCUUGUGUCCAUGUCAUGUUUUCGGCACCUCUGUGAGGAAGCUGAUAUCAGGUGUGGAGUUGAUGAUGUGCCUGUCCAGAGCAUCCUGCCGAAUUAUAAUACUUUCAUGGAGUUUGCUUCAGUCAGCAACAUGAUGUCAACGGGACGCGCAGCUCUUCAGAAACGGGUGAUGGCGUUACUGAGGAGGAUAGAACAUCCAACAGCAGGAAACACUGAGGCCUGGGAAGACACAUACACAAAGUGGGAUCAUGCCACUAAGUUGAUUCUCAACUACCCUAAAACUAAAAUUGAAGAUGGACAGGUAACAGAAAGCCUUCAUAAGACGAUUGUGAAGCGCCGAAUGUCACAUGUAAGUGGAGGUGGCUCGAUAGACUUGGCAGACACCGAUUCUCUUCAGGAAUGGAUUAACAUGACAGGCUUCUUGUGUGCAAUAGGAGGUGUAUGUCUCCAGCAUCGCAUUAAUCCAAACUUAGUUACGUACAGCCCACCCAUGGGGCCAAUCACGGAAAGGAAGGGUUCCAUGAUAUCUAUGGUCUCAACUGAAGGAAAUGCAGAGACUCCAGUCAGCAAAUUUUUGGAACGGCUUCUCACGCUGAUGGUGUGCAAUCAUGAAAAAGUAGGGCUGCAGAUUAGGACUAACAUUAAAGACUUGGUUGGAUUGGAACUGAGCCCUGUACUUUACCCAAUGCUCUUCAAUAAGCUGAAAAAUUGCAUCAGCAGGUUUUUUGACUUGCAGGGGCAGGUGUUAUUGAAUGAUACUAACACACCAUUUGUGGAGCAAACUAUAGCAAUCAUGAAGAACUUACUCGAUAAUCACACUGAUGGCAGUUCAGAGCAUCUGGGACAGGCCAGCAUUGAGACCAUGAUGCUAAAUUUAGUUAGAUAUGUGCGUGUCCUUGGGAACUCAGUCCAUGCGAUUCAGAUUAAAACAAAGCUCUGUCAACUGGUGGAGGUAAUGAUGGAGAGGCGAGAUGAUCUCUCCUUCUGUCAAGAGAUGAAAUUUAGGAAUAAGAUGGUGGAAUAUCUGACUGAUUGGAUUAUGGGAACAUCAAACCAGGCUGCUGUUGAUGAUGUGAAGUGCUUAACGAGAGACCUUGAUCAGGCGAGCAUGGAGGCAGUGGUAUCAUUGCUUGCUGGGCUACCUUUGCAACCAGAAGAGGGGGAUGGUGUUGAACUAAUGGAGGCUAAAUCACAACUCUUCCUCAAAUACUUUACUCUUUUCAUGAAUUUGCUAAAUGACUGCAGUGAAGUGGAGGAGGAAACAGCACAAACAGGGGGACGAAAGCGAGGGAUGUCACGCCGCCUUGCAUCACUCAGGCACUGCACUGUUCUUGCUAUGUCCAACCUCCUCAAUGCAAAUGUGGACAGUGGACUUAUGCAUUCCAUAGGCUUGGGAUACCAUAAAGAUCUUCAAACAAGAGCCACAUUCAUGGAAGUGCUAACUAAAAUUCUUCAGCAGGGAACAGAAUUUGACACACUUGCAGAAACCGUACUGGCAGAUCGGUUUGAAAGACUUGUGGAAUUGGUCACCAUGAUGGGAGAUCAGGGAGAGUUGCCCAUUGCAAUGGCUCUAGCUAAUGUGGUGCCUUGUUCUCAGUGGACUUCCAUUGGGCCAGUCACAAAUCUCAACCAACAGGAUGAACUUGCUCGAGUGCUAGUGACAUUGUUUGACUCGCGCCAUCUUCUCUAUCAGUUGCUUUGGAAUAUGUUCUCUAAAGAGGUUGAACUAGCAGAUUCCAUGCAGACCCUCUUUAGGGGCAACAGCCUUGCCAGUAAAAUAAUGACUUUCUGUUUUAAGGUCUAUGGUGCUACGUAUCUGCAGAAGCUGCUGGAGCCAUUGUUAAAAACUGUACUUAAGGACCCUGAGAAACAGCACCUUAGCUUUGAGGUUGAUCCCACCAGGUUGGAGCCAAAUGAAAGCCUCGAUGAAAAUCAACGAAAUCUACUGCAAAUGACAGAGAGAUUUUUCCAUGCAAUUAUUAAUUCCUCAUCCGAGUUCCCUCCACAGUUGCGAAGCGUCUGCCAUUGCUUGUAUCAGGCUACUUGCCAUUCUCUACUGACUAAAUCUACAGUAAAAGAAAAAAAGGAAAACAUGAAAAAAUCAGUUGUCAGUCAGCGUUUUCCCCAGAACAGUAUAGGUGCAGUGGGAAGUGCUAUGUUCUUACGGUUCAUCAAUCCUGCUAUAGUUUCUCCCUAUGAAGCAGGGAUCCUCGAUAAGAAACCUCCACCUAGAAUUGAACGGGGAUUGAAGUUGAUGUCCAAGAUUCUGCAAAGUAUUGCAAAUCAUGUCCUGUUUACAAAAGAGGAACAUAUGAGACCAUUCAACGAUUUUGUCAAAAAUAAUUUUGAUGCGGCCCGAAGGUUUUUUCUGGACAUAGCAUCUGACUGCCCAGCCAGUGACACAGUCAAUCACAGCCUAUCGUUCAUCAGUGAUGGCAAUGUUCUCGCUUUGCACAGGUUAUUGUGGAAUAACCAGGAGAAAAUUGGGCAGUACCUCUCCAGUAACCGUGACCACAAAGCUGUAGGGAGAAGACCGUUUGACAAAAUGGCUACUUUGUUAGCCUAUCUGGGGCCACCUGAGCACAAACCUGUCGCCGACACUCACUGGUCUAGCCUCAACCUCACCAGCUCCAAGUUUGAGGAAUUCAUGACGAGGCAUCAGGUACAUGAAAAAGAGGAGUUCAAGGCUUUAAAAACACUGAACAUUUUUUACCAAGCGGGAACAUCAAAAGCAGGGAAUCCAGUGUUCUACUACAUCGCUAGAAGAUUCAAGACUGGACAGAUCAAUGGUGAUUUGCUCAUUUAUCAUGUGCUACUAACUCUGAAGCCAUAUUAUGCCAAGCCAUAUGAAAUUGUUGUGGACCUUACCCAUGCAGGACCUAGCAAUCGCUUCAAAACAGACUUCCUCUCUAAAUGGUUUGUGGUUUUUCCUGGAGCUGCCUACGAGAAUGUGGCUGCCGUCUAUAUUUACAACUGUAACUCUUGGGUCAGAGAAUAUACAAAAUAUCAUGAGCGGCUUCUAACUGGCCUUAAGGGAAGCAAAAAGCUGAUCUUCGUUGACUCACCUGGGAAACUUGUGGAACAUAUUGAACCAGACCACCAGAAGCUACCUGCUGCCACUCUCGCUCUGGACGAGGACCUGAAAGUAUUUCACAAUGCUCUAAAGUUGGCUCAUAAGGACACAAAAGUCUCCAUCAAGGUGGGAUCCACAGCAGUUCAGGUAACAUCGGCAGAACGGACACGGGUUCUUGGCCAGUCUGUGUUUCUGAAUGAUAUUUACUAUGCUUCAGAAAUUGAGGAAAUAUGCCUUGUGGAUGAAAGUCAGUUCACAUUAACUAUUGCCAAUCAAGGUACACCACUAACAUUCAUGCACCAAGAAUGUGAGGCAAUAGUGCAAUCUAUUAUCCACAUAAGGACACGUUGGGAAUUAUCACAACCAGACUCUAUCCCACAGCACACUAAAAUACGACCAAAGGAUGUUCCGGGAACUCUGCUGAACAUCGCACUUCUGAAUCUUGGGAGCUCAGAUCCAAGCUUACGGUCUGCUGCCUAUAAUCUCCUGUGUGCCUUAACAUGUACCUUCAAUCUGAAGAUUGAGGGUCAGUUGCUGGAGACAUCUGGACUGUGCAUCCCAGCAAACAACACAUUAUUCAUUGUCUCCAUCAGUAAAACCUUGGCAGCAAAUGAGCCUCACCUGACACUGGAAUUCCUUGAAGAAUGCAUCUCAGGAUUCAGCAAAUCCAGUAUUGAAUUGAAACAUCUUUGCCUGGAAUACAUGACGCCCUGGUUAUCAAACCUGGUUCGCUUCUGCAAGCACAAUGAUGACGCCAAGCGUCAACGGGUUACUGCCAUCCUGGAUAAAUUGAUCACAAUGACCAUUAACGAGAAGCAAAUGUACCCUUCUAUCCAAGCAAAGAUCUGGGGCAGCCUCGGUCAGAUCACAGACCUGCUUGAUGUUGUACUCGAUAGUUUCAUAAAGACCAGUGCUACAGGUGGUUUGGGCUCUAUCAAAGCAGAAGUCAUGGCAGAUACUGCAGUAGCCCUGGCAUCAGGAAAUGUGAAACUUGUUUCAAGCAAGGUGAUUGGAAGAAUGUGCAAAAUAAUUGAUAAGACCUGCCUCUCGCCAACUCCCACUCUGGAACAGCACCUGAUGUGGGAUGAUAUUGCCAUCCUAGCCCGUUACAUGUUGAUGUUGUCUUUCAACAAUUCGCUCGAUGUGGCUGCACAUCUCCCCUACCUCUUCCAUGUGGUUACUUUAUUAGUAGCCACAGGGCCUCUGUCCCUUCGGGCUUCCACCCAUGGCUUAGUUAUCAACAUUAUUCAUUCACUCUGCACUUGUUCCCAACUCAACUUCAGUGAAGAGACUAAACAAGUGCUGCGGCUCAGUCUAACUGAGUUUUCCUUGCCCAAGUUCUAUCUUCUCUUUGGAAUUAGUAAAGUCAAAUCAGCUGCUGUGAUUGCUUUCCGAUCCAGCUAUCGGGAUCGGUCCUUCUCUCCUGGAUCCUACGAGAGGGAGACCUUCGCUCUUUCCUCCCUAGAAACAGUAACUGAAGCUUUGUUAGAAAUAAUGGAGGCAUGUAUGAGAGAUAUACCGACCUGCAAGUGGCUAGACCAGUGGACAGAAUUAGCACAAAAAUUUGCAUUCCAGUACAACCCAUCUCUUCAACCAAGAGCGCUUGUUGUCUUUGGAUGUAUCAGUAAGCGAGUUACUCAUGGGCAAAUUAAACAGAUCAUUCGGAUCCUCAGCAAGGGUCUAGAGAGUUGCCUGAAAGGUCCUGAUAACCACAACAGCCAAGUUUUGAUAGAAGCAACUGUCAUUGCACUCACCAAGCUCCAGCCACUGUUAAACAAGGACUCCAACAUGCACAAAGCCCUCUUCUGGGUGGCAGUAGCAGUGUUGCAGCUGGAUGAAGUCAACCUAUACUCAGCUGGUACCGCAUUGCUGGAACAGAACCUGCACACAUUGGACAGUCUGAAAGUCUUCAAUGACAAGAGUCCAGAAGAAGUAUUUAUGGAGAUUAGAAGGCCUUUGGAGUGGCAUUGCAAGCAGAUGGACCAUUUUGUGGGCCUCAAUUUCAAUUCUAACUUCAACUUUGCACUAGUGGGACACCUGAUGAAAGGAUACAGGCAUCCAUCUCCCACCACAGUAGCCAGAACAGUGAGGAUAUUGCACACCUUACUCGCCUUGGUUGGCAAGCACAGAAACUGUGACAAAUUUGAAGUUAACACUCAAAGUGUGGCCUAUCUUGCUGCCUUGCUGACCGUUUCAGAGGAGGUGAGGAGUCGGUGCAGUCUGAAACACAGGAAGUCUCUCUUAAUGUCUGACAUUUCCAUGGAGAAUGUGCCAAUGGAUACAUAUUCCAUGCACCAUGCUGACCCAAGCUCCAGAGCUUUAAGAGAGAGCCAACCGUGGGUUUCACCCAAAACUUCAAAUAGAAAUUUGGCUGCGAAUUACCCAACAAUGGGUCAAAUUAGCCCCAGGACACGCAAGUCAAUGAGUCUGGACAUGGGGCAACCUUCUCAGGCCAAAUCUAAAAUAAUGCUAGGUACAAGAAAAAGUUUUGACCACUUGAUUUCAGACAGCAAAGCACCAAAGAGACAGGAAAUAGAAUCAGGGAUUACAACUCCACCCAAAAUGAGACGAGUGGCAGAGCAUGACUUUGAGAUGGAAACGCAGCGGAUAUCCUCGCAGCAGCACCCUCACCUCCGCAAGGUCUCAGUGUCUGAAUCCAACGUGCUUCUGGAUGAAGAGGUCCUCACCGACACAAAAAUCCAGGCUUUGCUGCUUACUGUGCUGGCCACAUUGGUGAAACACACUACAGAUGAGUUUGAUCAACGGAUCUUGUAUGAGUAUUUAGCUGAAGCCAGCGUUGUCUUCCCUAAAGUGUUUCCAGUUGUGCACAAUUUACUGGACUCGAAAAUUAAUACCUUACUGUCACUGUGCCAAGAUCCCAACCUGUUAAAUCCAAUCCAUGGGAUCGUGCAGAGUGUAGUGUACCAUGAGGAGUCUCCACCACAGUACCAGCCAUCAUAUUUGCAAAGUUUUGGUUUCAAUGGACUUUGGAGAUUUGCUGGAUCAUUUUCCAAGCAAACUCAGAUUCCAGACUACGCAGAGCUGAUUGUGAAGUUCCUGGAUGCAUUAAUUGACACAUAUUUGCCUGGAAUUGAUGAAGAAUCCACUGAGGAAUCUCUACGUACACCAACCUCUCCCUACCCACCACCUGUCCAAAGCCAGCUCAGCAUUACUGCCAACUUAAACCUCUCCAAUUCCAUGACCUCACUAGCAACCACCCAGCAUUCUCCAGCUUCUCUACCUUGCUCUAAAUCAGCAGUUUUCAUGCAGACACACUAUUCCAAAGGAAUCGAUAAAGAGAAUGUGGAGCUUUCGCCUACAUCGGGACACACCAACAGUGGGCGAAUCCGCCAUGGAUCUGCAAGCCAAGUGCAGAAACAGCGUAGUGCUGGCAGCUUCAAGCGCCCCAGCAUUAAGAAGAUCGUAUGAAGUGUUUUCGGACUGACCCAUCAAAUCUUGUUGGACUUUGCCGAGGUGAAGCCCCCUACCCUCCCCCAUCCUCAAGAAAGAACAAGCUUCUGUUCCUGCCAUAUCAAAUAAUAUGCUGCCUGACGAUCAACAACAACUGAAAAUUGCCCCUGCUACCUACUUCAAUUUUUCUUUCUUGUAACCAGUGUUUUCCGCAGUGUUUCCAGAAAGUUGUCCUGGUUUGGAGAAUAUGAAGUUUCGAAAGGAAACGUAUAUUUUUAUUUGGUUACCUGGCAUCUUUGUUUGGGGGUGGGAUUGAGGAAGUGAAAAAGGCACUGAAAUUCUUAUCAACACUGUUAAUAGUUGUCAAAAAAAAACAUGGAAGCCAUUAAUUGCAGAAAGGAGGGUUCUAACUUAUUUGCCUUUUAUAUAAUCAUGAAAAGUGCUUUGCUGUUUGUGCACUUUUCAGCAAUCUACAAAGUGGCUUAAUGGGUAGGAAUUAAUCAAAUCCAUUGGUGAUUUUUGCUCUGAGGAGAUCUCCCUAUAUUUCACAGAAGAAACCUUUAAGCUGUAGGUACCGUAACCAACCACCAUGUUUAAAGCACAUUUAACACACAAGUUAGGUUCAUUGCAGCAAUCAUAGAAACUGUACAUAACCAUUGCAUUUAUUUUACUGAUUCCGCAAAUAACAAAGACGUUGUCUUUUUUAUAUUUGUUUACAGUCCUGGAAAAACUAUGAAUUAAAAAUAUGAUAUGCAAGAACUUUGCCAAAACAGAUAAUUAUUACAACAGAAACUUAGUAUUAAUUUUGUGGUAUUCAGCAAAUGUGACUCCUUUAGGGACAAUUGUGUAGCAGUCAUUGUGUUACAAAAAAUGAAACAGCAACAAUAUCUUGUACGAUUAACAAUUCGUUUCAGUGUGGUCUUAAGAAUGGUGCCCUAGAGACAAUACUGUCCACAGUUGAAUGCUGAUUAACCCAGGGCUAGCUGAGGCUGAUGUCACUUUCCUGGAUUUAGUUUCUGGGUCGGGGUCUCUGACACGUGUGCACACGCACAAACGAUCUACAAAUCAAAAGUGUUUCUCUCAGUCAAUGUUAUGCAACAGACCUUAUUGCAAGAAGUCACUGCUAGUGUUGGCCACAGAUUUUUUUUAAACUGCAGUACGUUUAUCUGUAAAUAGUUUUUGUGUAAAAUUGACAAAGGUAUAUUUACUACACUGUAAAUACAUGUGAUGAUAUAUUGUAUUAUUUUGCUUUUUGUAAAGCAGUUAGUUGCUGUACAUGUAUAACAUAACAAAAUUUGAUUAUUCUAGUGUCAGUAAUGUUAACUUCUCUCUUCCCUUCCGUUGCAUUUUAUGUCAUUAAAAAGAAACAAAAGAAAA